AUGCAAUGUAAUCUUUUAGAAUCUCCGAUAUCUAUUAAUUAUUUUUUAAAUAAAAAUGAUAUUUUUAAAAACGAUACAGGCAAAGAUUCAAGAAGUUUCAAUGGAGUCGAUUCUGUAACAUUAGGAAAUCGUUAUGAAACAGUCACAACAACAGAUAAUAUUAUUUCAGUUCGAACACAUGCAACGGAUUUAUGUAUCGUUAAAGAUGUACUAGAUAAUGUUUGUAAAAAAGUUUGUAGAUUAGUUUCAUGGAGUAAAUUUGCUGUGAAAAAGUAUCGAACAUGUUUUGAAAAAAGGCAGCAUAAACUAUUUUCUCUUCGACAAAAAUAUCGAAACAAUCUUCAACGAUUAGAGAAUGCCGCUAGAAAAUUGCUAAAUACGUAUGAUACCACAAAUGGUCCAGUCAAUCAAAUUGAAUUAUUUAAAAUUGUGAAAGAAACUAAAACAAAUCAAAUUAAAUUAUAUGCAACAAUGGCAAAACAAAUUCGUGAGAAAUAUCUUAUGCAAAGAAAUCAAAAGAAAAGAAAACUAGAUUUUUAUGAAGAAAAAUUUCGUGAAUAUAUUCAACAAAUGCCGAAAUAUGUUUGCACUGUUUGUCACCGAUGCAUGUUUCAAACGGAUGUUAAAGAGUGUCAUAGAGAAAAAUAUAAAACGAAAUUUAGUGAUAAUGUUUGGUCAUCAACUAUGACAUGUUUUACAGGGGCCUAUGUGGAUAAAGAUGCAUUUGAUUCUUGUAAAAGAACAGAAUGGAUUUGCACGGCGUGUCACAACAUUCUUUGGAAAGGAGGUAUUCCACCAAGAUCUGUUGUAGCUAAUAAUAUGGUUGGAGAACAUAUUCCUGAUGAUAUUCGAAUAUUAAAUGAUUUAGAACGACAUCUUAUUGCUUUAAGAUUACCAUUCAUGAAAAUGAUCUCUUUACCGAAAGGGGGACAAAAAGGAUGCAAAGGUCCAGUUAUAUGUGUUCCUUCUGAGGUACAAGAUACAGCUAAUAUUUUACCGCGACAUCCAAGUAAAUCUGCAUUCAUUCGAUUAAAACUAAAACGUCGGUUGAAUUAUCGAGGUUGGUAUAAGUAUCAGAUGAUAUGUCCGGAUCGUGUACGAAGUGCAUUAAGAAUUCUAUGUGAAAUAAACGAAAAUUACAAAAAUAUAAAAAUUGAUGACAAUGAUUAUGAUUACUUUAAUUGGGAUGAUCAUUUAAUAAGUAAUUUGAGUAAUGAUGAACGUAUAUUUUCGUCUCUAAAAGAAAAAAAUAAAGAGAAUAAUGAGAAUGAAGAUAAAGAUGAAGAUGUUUAUGGAGAUGAGGAAGAUGAUGAACGAGAUCCUAGAAAGAAAUUUUCAAUACCAACUGACACUUGCCUUCAAUCUAAUAUUGCAGAAGAUUAUGUUGAUUUUGAACAAGAUGUCAUUUCUAUUGCACCAGCUGAAAAGAAUCGUCCAGCUUCAUUAUUAAGAGAAAAAGGUUUAGAAGCAAAAGCAUUUCCUCAUCUUUUUCCUGACGGAAAAAAUACAUAUGAUCAAGAAAGAGAGAGAAAACUAAAAUUUAGUACUUAUGCAAAUCAACGUCUAUUUAGUGCUGAUUAUCGAUAUGCAUCAGAUCCACAUUAUAUAUUUUUUUUACAAUAUUUGAAUGACAUUCAACAUGCAAGUUCUGGUAUUAGUUUACAAUUAAGAAAAAGUUGUUCAAAAUCACAGUUUACUCUUCAAAAUAUUUCUGAUAAAAAAUAUUUGUCUAAUAUGUUAAAGAAAGAUAUGAUUUUUAAACAUCUAUUAAAAGUUAGAGGAUCACCACAGUAUUGGUCAUCUACAUUAUCUGAAUUAUUUGCUAUGAUUAGACAGUUAGGAGUACCAACAUGGUUUUGUAGUUUUUCUGCUGCUGAUGCACGUUGGAUAGAUUUACUUCAUUAUUUAGCAGAUUAUCAUAAUAUAGCAAGAAAAAAUAAAUAUACAUGGAAUGAAACGAAUUACUUAUUGAAAACUAAUCCAGUGAUUGUUUCUCGAAUUUUCGAUAGACGGUUUCGAAGUUUUAUGAGAAACAUUAUUUUAUCAAAAUUUGCAGCAUUAGGUGAAGUGAGUGAUUAUUUUUAUCGAGUUGAAUUUCAAAAAAGAGGCUCACCUCAUAUUCAUAUGAUUGUUUGGAUAAAGAAUGCACCAAAAUAUAGAGAAAAUUCAGAUGAAGAAGUAAUAACAUUUAUUGAUAAAUAUAUAACAUGUAAAAUGCCAAAUGAAAAAGAUUUACAUUUAUAUAAAAUUAUUAAGGAAGUACAGACUCACUCAAAAUCACAUUCAAAAUCAUGUAAAAGACGUAAUAAAGUCUGUCGAUUUUACUUUCCGAAACCAAUAUCACGACGAACAUUUAUUGUUAAUAAAAAGUUUAAAGUUGGUGAUGACAAUGAUGAUGAUGAGACAGAUCAAUUGAAUAAUAUUAAAACAAAAUUAAAAGAGAUGAAUAUUUAUCUAAAAGACAUAGAAGAUAAAAAUAUUGUUUUAAAUUGGAAUCAUUUCGAUGACUCACUCGUAAAAGUUGGAUGGAGUUAUGAUGAAUAUGAACGAGCAUUAGAAAACAUAUUACCAGCAGAUACUGUUGUACUUAAACGUGCACCAGAAGAUAGAUGGGUAAAUAAUUAUAAUGAAAAAUGUAUUCUUAAUUGGAACGCAAAUAUGGAUAUACAGUAUGUGAUGAACGCAUAUGCUUGCGGAAAAUAUAUGUUAUCGUAUAUCUGUAAAGCUGAAAAAGAAAUGAGUGAUAUAUUAAAAAAUGUUCAUCAGGAAGCAAAAGAAAAAAAUAUAUCGAUACAAGAAGAAAUGAAAGUUCUUUCAGGUGUAUAUUUUCAUCAUAGAGAAGUCUGUGUUCAAGAAGCAAUCUAUCGUGUAUGUAGUUUAAAAUUAAAACAAGCUAGUAGAAAAGUUGAAUUUGUUCCAACUGAUCCUGAUUGUUUCCGUUUGUCUAAACCAUUAAAUUUAAUAAGGAAAAUGAUAGCUGAAGGUCGAGAAGACAAUGAUGAUAUUUUAUAUAGUAACUUCAUGGAUAAAUAUUUAGAUAGACCUGAUAAUGCUUUAUUCGAUAUAUGUUUAGCUGAUUUUGUGGCUAAAUUCGGAUUUAUCAAUAAAAAAAAUCCAAGAACCCGAGUAGAAACUUGGCCAUUAAAAACAUUAAAUUUUGCAAUUUAUAAACGCAAACGGGAAGCAGUGAUUAGAUAUCCUCGUAUUGAUAUUAAUGAUGAUGAGGAAAAAUUUUAUCAUAAUUUAAUGAGACUUUUUUUACCUAUUCGAAAAGAAACUGAUAUACAAGAACCAUACAGCAAUUUUUUUCAUAAUGGUUAUAUUAAAUUUGUUAGUGGUACAAUAAAUUCUGUGAAGAAAAUUGUUUUAUCGAAUCGGGAACGAUAUGAAUCUAAAAUAAGUAAACAAUUAGAAGAAGCAGUGAAAGAUAUAACUGAGAAUAAUAUACCUGAGGAUGCAUGGGGUGUUCUUUGUGCAGAAUCUGAACUUCAAAACGAAGAGAUUAGUGAUCAUGUAAAGAUCAAGUAUAAAAAGUUAACAGAAUUAGAUACGGAUAAAAAUCCUGAUAUUGAAUACUUAUUAGAAUCUAAAAAGAAGAAACAAAAUGAACAAAAAAAUGUAUAUGAAAUUCAUCCUACAACAUAUCAACCCGAAAAAAUUCGAUCAAUGUUAAAAAAUAUGACACAUGAACAACUGAACAUAUUUUAUUAUGUGAGAGAUUGGUGUCUUCGAAAAAGAGCUAAUCAAGACAUAGAUUGUUUACGUCUUUUUAUCACUGGUGGAGCUGGCACUGGAAAAAGUCAUCUAUUAAAAUGUAUAUAUUAUGAAGCGACUAAAAUAUUAAAUGAAAUUAAUAAUGAUAACAGUAAUGAAAUUCGUACAUUAAUAUGUGCACCUACAAAUGCUGCUGCACUUAAUAUGAAUUGUACAACUAUGCAUAGUACGUUUAAAAUUGGUAUGAAAAAUUUCAACUUGUCCGAAAAUAUUCUAAACACUAUGAGAUCGAAAUUAGAUUCCUUAUGUCUUUUGUUUAUUGACGAAAUUUCGUUAGUUGAUCAGUCUUUAUGGAGAGAAUUACAUACACGACUAAGUCAAAUUACAUGUAAAACUGGUUCCAAUAUUUAUUUUGGAAAUGUUUCUAUAGUUGCCGUAGGUGAUUUUUAUCAAUUACCACCAGUUAAAGGAAUUCCUCUAUAUUUAUCAAUUAAUGUAAUAGAUUAUUGGCAAAAUUUAUUCGAAUAUUCUGAAUUAACGAUUUGUCAGCGAACGAAAGAAGCAGAUUUUUAUGCUCUAGCAAAUCGAAUUCGUAAGAAAACAAAAAAGGAGACUUUCUCUGAAAAAGAUAGACAAAUUUUACAACGGUGUGUUAAUAGAUAUAAUUCAAAAAUCUAUCAAGACGAUUGCUUACAUUUGUUUGCUUGGAAUAAAUUUGUUAACGAACAUAAUGAGAAUAUGUUAUCAUUGAAAUGUAAAAACAUUGUUGAUAUACCUGCAAAAAAAAUAAAAAACACUGAAAACCAAUUAGCCAGAAAAAGAAAAAAGAAAUUAAAUACCUGUGAUUAUGAACAUUUAAGAAUUGCAGUUAAUGCCCGAAUUGUAAUAGAAGAAAAUGCUAAUCGAGAUGAUGGUAUUGUUAAAGGAGCAUUUGGAAAUGUUGUUGAAAUUGUUUUUGAUUCUAAUAAAAAAGAUUUUGUUGAUCAUAUCAGAAUUAAAUUUGAUAAUCCUGAUUGCGGACGUCAACACCAAAAAAUUUGUGAAAUUUGUCGAAAAGAAAAGACUGUUUGUAUUCAAAGAUACAAUAAUCCAUGGGAUGAAGAUGGACAAAGAAAAAAUACGGAACAAUUUCCAAUACGAUUAGGUUGGGCUUCAACUAUUCAUAAAGUACAAGGUCUAACUGUGAAAUCAGUAGUAAUUGAUUUAAAAAAAUUUAAUCAAACAGGACAAGGUUAUGUUGCUUUUACACGUCCGCCUAAAGGUGAAGAAGUUUAUCUUACACAGUUCAAAGAUGAGGCAUUUUUUUGCGAUGAACGUAUAGAAGAAUCCACUAGUAAAAUGCGAAAAAUGUCGUAUCAGUAUGCUCAAAUGGAAGAUGCCUCUUUAUUUCGAAUAGGUUUUCAUAAUGUUGAAGGCCUUGAAGCACAUUAUGAUCAUAUUAAAAAUCAUCAUUGGUAUAAAAGUUGUCAUAUUAUUUGUAUUAAUGAAACUUGGUUAAAGUCUUGCACUUGUCAAUCAGAAUUAGAAAAUUUUACAUUAAUUACUCAAAACCGAUCCGAUUCAUAUAGUAAUUCAAAUUUUAGUGAACGUGAUCGAGGUGGAGUUGGAAUUUUUAUACACAAUAAUACAUAUUUUGAAAAACUUAAUUUACCUUUAUGUGAUAUUGAAUCUCUAACAAUAAAAACAAAUAUUUUGAAUAAAGUAUGCUUUGUAACAACAGUUUAUAAACCACCACAUCUAAAUUCAAAACAAUUUAUAACUAAUUUCGAUCAUCAAGUUGCUUUAAUUAAUGAUGAAAAGAGUCAGCAUAUCAUUGUUGGAGAUUUUAAUGAAGACACAAAUCAAAUAAAUACACCAAUUCAUAAUUACUUUAAGAUUCAAGGCUUUAAAAAAUUAGAUACAGCAGCUACCACUAUUGGUAAUACAUCAUUAGAUUGUAUUUUUAUUAAAAAUAUUGGUUUAAAAGAAAAAAUAAGUAUAAUACCAGCGUAUUUUUCUUAUCAUAAUGCUUUGAUGCUCGAACUCUUUGAAACCGAUAUAAAUUCAAAAGAAAUAACUUCCUUUCAUAAUCAUAUAAAAAAAAAAGAUAUUGACAAUUUGCAAUGGAAUUCAAUAGCAAAUUGUUGUUCUAAAAAAAAGAAAUUAAAUAAUAGAAAGAAUCAAGUUAAAAGAAAAAAAACAUUGAAAGAAAUAAAAUUAAAAAAAUUGAGUGAAAAACAAAAAAAAAUAUUGGAAGAAAGUCAAAAUGAAGAUUAUAUACCACGAAAUUCUUCGUAUAUCUUGGAUGAAGAUAAGGUUAUCGAAUAUAUUCGUGCUUUAUAUAUAGCAAAUUAUAAUUCAUGGUAUAGCUAUCAAGAUAUUCAGGAUCUUCUUGAAAAAGCAUUUGAGAUGAGAAAACAUGAUUUAUUAAGAAACAAUCGAUAUGUCUAUAUUUUUACUCCGAUUCUAGGAACUAAUAUUAUUAAUGAAAAUUUUGAUACAAAUAAUGAAUUAUUUGAUGCUAUUAAUGCAUUUCAACGUCAACGUUAUGUUGACAGUUCAUAUGCACAAAUUAAUGAACUUAUUAUUCCAUUGAAUGUUGAUCAACUACAUUGGAUAUUAUUAAUUAUUGUAUAUCCUGAACAAGCAAACAACGCCUAUUAUGUUUUCUAUUUUGACCCUCUCGGUCAGGCAAUACCUGAACCGAUUGUCAAUACUUUAAUGAAAUGUAACUUUAUACAAAAUGAAAAUCAAAUUCAAUCUAACUUUCAACAAAUAUUACAGAGAGAUGGCCGAAAUUGCGGUCCAUGGCUUGUUGUAUGUGCAACAAAUUGGCUCGAAACAAAGGAAAUUAAUAUGCAAUAUUUAUCAUUAUUUAAUAUUGAACAUGAACGAAAAUGUCAUGAAUCUUAUCUGUACGAUGUAUAUCUUGCAAGACAUAUUGAAAAGAAAUAA